AUGGCAAGUGCAAGUCCUCCUUGGCCGUCACAAGUUCUAAUUGUGUAUGACGCGACGAAGGAGCGCUCCGAUGGCGAGCUCAAGAGAACCGUCGACAAUGUGCGAUUUAGAGGCAACAUUCUCCGGUCAGGAGAUACUCUUGUUGUUAUUGGAAUCUUGCACACUCUUCACCACCCUAUGGGUUACCCCAUGAAAUUAUAUUCAGAAAAUUUUAUGACGAGUGACCGGGCAACAGAGAAAGAAGUCUCAAAGAAACUUGAUGCUUAUGUGAAGAUGCUCCUGGAAAGCGCUGAAAUUUGUAAAAAUGAAGGGGUAAUGUCAUGUGUAUUCUCUUAUAACCAGAUCAGCAUUGAAGUCAAAAUAAUUGCUGGGUAUCCCAGCAAGCAUGUUAUUUUGCAAGAAGUUACUUCCCGCAAUGCAAGUUGGGUUCUACUCGACAGGCACCUUAGAAAGGAAAUCCAAACUACGGUUAUACCAUGCAAGUUUUCAUUCAUUCAAGGUGACUUAACCUUGGAAGCGGGGAAGUUUGAGUUUACAGGUGAUCCUCAUGCAGUUCUUACAGAACAUAAAAACUUUAUCUCCCUAUCCAAGCAAGUUCCUGUAUCGAUCAGUAGACGUCGGGGUUCGAAAGAGAAUAAUUACUUGUUCCGACACACAUGUUCUUCUGCUCCUAUUCUUUGCAUAACCUGUGGGGCAAGAACUGAAACUUACUAUAUCAAAGAAGCCGUGAUAUUCAAGUACAAUGAAAUUCAGGCUGCUACAGAAAAUUUUUCCAAGGAAAACUUACUUGGAGAAGGUGGAUAUGGUCAUGUCUACAAGGGUCAACUCAACAGUGGACAGCUCAUCGCCGCGAAGGUGCGAAAAGAAGAAAGUAGUCAGGGAUUUGCAGAGUUCCAUUCGGAGGUUUACGUCUUAAGUUUUGCGCGUCACAAGAACAUAGUGAUGUUGCUAGGCUAUUGUUCCAAGGAGAACAUCAACAUAUUGGUUUAUGAGUAUAUAUGCAACAAGUCUCUUUAUUGGCACUUAUUUGAUAAAGAAGCAACUCCUCUAGAAUGGCACCAAAGAUAUGCUAUUGCCAUUGGGACUGCAAAAGGAUUGCGUUUCCUGCAUGAAGAAUGCCGCGGAGGUCCUAUAAUUCAUCGGGACAUGAGACCGAGCAACAUCUUGCUGACGCACGACUUUAUUCCAAUGCUGUGUGAUUUUGGGCUCGCGAAAUGGAAAACAAGCGACGAUCCUGUGCAGACGAGGAUACUUGGAACAUUAGGAUAUCUUGCUCCAGAGUAUGCAGAAAAUGGCAUUGUUUCUGUACGGACGGAUGUGUAUGCAUAUGGCAUUGUUCUGUUACAACUUAUCUCUGGACGCAAAGUGGUGAUCGACGUAGAAGGAGAGGAGAUGCAACAAUCUAUAAGGCAGUGGGCGGAACCAAUAUUACAGAGGCUGGCACUACAUGAGCUGAUUGAUCCUCGGAUUGAAAAUUCACACGACACAUUUGAGUUCUACCGCAUGGCUAAAGCUGCAUACUCAUGCGUGCAAAGAAGCCCUGAAAUGCGCCCAUCCAUGGGAGAGGUUGUGCGCCUUCUUGAAGGGGACAAUGAUCAUUUUCGUCACUUUGGAGAUCAAUUCAUACCUCAUCACUCGAAAGAGUAA